AUGUCGACAUAUAUCGACACCAUACUCCAGAAUCCGCAAUAUGCGGUUCUUUCUGCGAUUUCCCUCAUCACAAUCUUAGUUGUGAACUUCUCUUUCUUCGCUCAUGAAGACAAAUACCCAUUUCUUAUCCCCAAGAAGCCUUUAGAACUGACCGACAGGCGAGUGGUCAAGGAGUUUCUCGCCAACAGCAAGAGUCUCCUUGCAAACGCUCGAACAGUCUAUAAGGAUCAGCCAUACAGGGCUUAUACCGAGAUAGGCAACGUUCUAGUCAUUCCUCCUUCUCCUCUAGCCAGAUUAACGGGCCCCGUCUCUGAAGAAUCGUCCUUAGCAAUCCGCGACUGUCUCACCGACUCAACAGAAUGGCACGCGAUCCGACCCCAAGCAGACCUCAUCCGCGUCGUAUCCCGCGUAUCCUCUAGAAUCUUCAUGGGCGAAGAGCUCUGCCGGGAUGAAGAAUGGAACAGGACUUCAAGCGAGUAUACGCUAUUAGCUUUUAGCUACGGAGGCCAUCUACGAGAAUAUCCCAGAUGGCUCCGUCCGUAUAUCCACUGGUUCCUCCCUCAGUGCUGGGCGAUCCGCGCGAAAUUGAACGAAGCACGACAGUGUCUGAAGCCUCACAUUGAGCGCCGAAAUGCUAUCAAACAAAAGGCGCUGUCUGAAGGGAAGCCGUGUCCUUUCGAUGACUCUCUUGAAUGGUUUGAAAGGGAGUAUGAGAAGCAUGAUCCGGCCAAAGAGCAGAUUGCUGUUUCGAUCGUGGCGUAUCAUACUACAUCUGACUUACUUGCCGAGACGCUUCUCAACCUUUGUCAACACCCUGAGCUGUUUCAGAAGCUUCGGGAGGAGAUUAUUGCGGUCUUGACUGCUGAAGGGGGUUUAACCAAGGCAGCGAUGUAUAACUUGAAGUUGAUGGACAGCGUGGUUAAAGAGUCCCAAAGACUACGACCAAUUAUACUCGGCGCGUUCAGGAGAGUAGCCACGGCGGAUGUCACGCUCCCCAACGGCGAUAUCCUCAAGAAGGGCGACAAGAUCAUCGGAAACAUGUCGCACAUGUGGGAUUCCGACACUUACGACAACGCACUUGAGUUCGAUCCAUAUCGCUUUGUCAAGAUGCGUCAGACAGGCGAUGACAAGAAAGCUCAUCUUGUCAGCACCAGCGCUGAGCAUCUUGGUUUCGGACAUGGUAUCCACGCAUGUCCCGGACGUUUCUUUGCUGCGAAUGAGAUUAAGAUCCUGCUGUGUCAUUUGCUGCUUAAGUAUGACUGGAAGCUACCAGAGGGUUGCACUCCACGGCCUUCUCACUCGGGGUUCAAGCUUCUUGGCGAUUACUCGACGAAUCUUCUGGUUCGACGUCGAACUGAAGAGUUGGACAUUGAUUCUCUUUCUAGGUCAUAA